GAGUGGCGAUAAUAAGCGCAUUAGAGUGUGUCAGGGGCUGCUGCGGAGGCUGCCAAGGAAACCUACAAUACUUAUAAAAUUCAUAGCGUUUUAGAUAAACUGUUUGUUGUAACCUGUGGAGAUGUUCAACAGCCAUCUCAGGGACUUUGAGGACGACCCCUUCUUUUCCUCAACAAGUGAUCCUUUCCGCGUACACAAUGAACGAAUGCACCAAAUGAUGAGGGGUUUUUCGGAUCCCUUCAGCCACGGCCUCAUGCCCAGUGUCACAGAUGGCCGGGACAGAGGACGCAGGGGAGAAGGUCAGGCCCGCACAAGUGUAGCCCUCCGCAACGAGGACAGAGACAUGGAUUUCUUCAGGAACCCUUUUGCAAUGAUGGACAACAUGAUAGCAGGCAUGAGGAACAGAAUGGAGGAUAUGCACAGAAACUUUGAGAACGUGCAGUCAGACUCCGACACGCACGCGUUCAGCUCCUCCUCAGUCAUGACUUACUCUAAAGUAGGAGACGAACCAGCCAAAGUGUUUCAGGCCUCCACCCAGACACGCUGCGCCCCCGGAGGGAUUAAGGAAACAAGACGGACUCUGAGAGACACCGAUAGUGGGGUGGAAAAGAUGUCCAUUGGUCACCACAUCAAUGACAGGGGACACGUCAUUGAGAAGAAACACAACAAAAAGACAGGAGAAAGAGAGUUUAACCAGGACUUUCAGAACAUGGAUGAGACUGAAGCCCAGACCUUCGAUGAGGAGUGGCAGCAGAAGGUGUCUGAAUUUCAGCCUGCUGCACGGCUGUCCUAUCUGGAGGCCCCACGAGCCAGAGCAGCUCACCGAGCAGCCAUCACCGGCCCUGAACACACACACAGAGGGAAGAAAGAUAAACCAGCAGAAGGUCAGAAGAAAACACACAUUUCUGAACUCAACAUUCAAGGCUCCAGCAUGAAGAAGGAAUAAAAACUUUACAAACUGAAAUAAAACUCUCUGGCAGGCAUCUCCCUGAUGAUUUUCAUGCGAGUGCUUUUAUUCUUCUGUGUUUCCGUGCAUCUUUUUUCUGUAAUGUAAACUAAACUAAAGCUAGCCAUCCAGAUUUGUUUUUUUUUUUUGUUUGUGUUUUUUUUUUUUUUAAUUUUACCUCUUCAUUCUUUCUGUUUAAGGAAAAAAUGUUACCUGUUAAGUUGAUUCUUAAUGGCUGGUGUAACCAAAUAUCAUGAAAUGUAAUGAUAUUUACACACACACACACAUACACACACAUCUUUUGACAGUGAAAGGUAAGUUGAAUUUUACCUGUAUGCUUGAAUAUCAUAGUGAUUUAAUUAAAAUGAGCACAAAAAGGGUGGGUCUCCCACUACUUAAUACAGAGAUGUUCUAAAAUGCACUUAUGAACAUAACUUGUGUGUAAUUGACUAUUAUGGCCAUCCAUUGUGGAAAAAAUAUCACUCGCUGUGCCCACUUGUAAAGAAUUACAAAACUUUUUAUAAAAUUCUUUGUCAUAAUCUCAUUUUCAGGUUGUCCAUUUUGUGUUAAAUUGUGUCUGCUGUUCUCUUUUUUUCAAAAGUGAAAGACACAAUAAAGACUCAUUUAUUUA